AUGGAAGAGGCAGAAAAGUUUAUGAAAAUGGAUUUCUUUAUGAAGGCGAAAUGUUAGAUGGUCUAAGAUCAGGAAAUGGCACACUCAGAGAUUCUAAUUUAAAUAUCAUUUAUUAAGGAGAAUGGUUUAAUGAUCACUUUGAAGGACGAGGAAGAUUAAUCAACUUAGAUUAUUAAGAAGACAAAUUUAAUUUAAACAGUUUUAAAUAAUUUUAAUUAGUUUAACAUUAAUUUACUACUUAUGAAGGAGAAUUCAGAAAUGGGUAAUUCUUUGGGCAAGGUGUAAUGUCAUUUAAAUGUGAAGGUGAAUUAUUCAAAUUUAUUGGAGGAUUUUCAUAAGAUUUAUUCCAUGGUAUUGGAACCCUAUAAUAAAAUGAUUAAAUUAUUUUGUAAGGAAAAUGGAUUUAUGGAUGCAUGGUUUGACGAUUAAAUAAUAUCAAUUGAUUUUUAAUUUGUAAAGAAUCACAUUAACAAACAUAUUAUUCCGAUUUUAAGAAAAAAGAAAUUUUGGUUCUUCUAUUUUUUCAAUUAUUGUUCUUUUANACGUGAUAUUGGACCCUUAGCUUGCUUCUAAAGUGUCAUCAUUGUUGAUAAACUACCCAAAACUAGAAGUGGCAAAGUUCUUAGAGGUACCAUUAAAGCUAUUGUUAAUGGAUUAUAAUAUUAAGUAUCAUCUCACUUUUUAAACUCUAGAUGCCUGCUACCAUUGAAGAUGAUACCGUCCUUGAUAAAAUCAAAAUCAAUUGUCUCAACUAUGGAAAAGGAAUGGGAUAAUAUUGUAAUUUAGAUUUCGGUAAUUAAGACAUCUAUGUCGAAGAGUGA